AACCAGCUCAGUUGCUUUGCACCGGUCGCAGGGAGCGGACGUCUUUUUUCAGCCGAAGCGAUAACUUUCCGUAACUUCAAGAUGCGCUGCGUGUUCGUGCUGUUAGCACUGGUUGGAGCUACGUUUGCGGGUACCGAGCCAGAAUUUAAGAUAGAUGUUGUAAGCGUUCCCGAAGAAUGCACGACCAAGUCCAAACACGGCGAUAUGCUGACCAUGCACUACACCGGCACACUCGAAAACGGUCACAAAUUUGACGCGAGCUAUGACCGCGACCAGCCGUUCACAUUCCAACUUGGCGUUGGUCAAGUGAUUAAGGGAUGGGACCAGGGUUUAGUCGAUAUGUGUGUUGGAGAAAAACGUAAACUGACCAUCCCAUCAUCCCUCGGGUACGGUGAACGUGGGGCCGGCAAUGUGAUCCCUCCUCACGCGACCCUCUACUUCGAAGUCGAGUUGAUCCACAUUGGGGAUUCCCCGCCAACCACCAACGUGUUCAAGGAAAUUGACGCCGACAAGGAUAACAUGUUGUCCCGCGAAGAAGUGAGUAUAGAAUUAGCGUUUCAAGCGAUGGACUCUGACGGCGACAAAGAACUAUCGCGCGAGGAGGUAAGCGAGUAUCUGAAGAAGCAAAUGGUGCCCGCCGACGGUGCCGAGAUGAGCGAGGACAUCAAACAGAUGCUUGAGAGCCAUGACAAGCUUGUUGAGGAGAUCUUCCAACACGAGGACAAAGACAAGAAUGGCUUCAUCAGCCACGAAGAGUUCUCCGGACCAAAGCACGACGAGUUAUAAACAUUUUGUUUAGAAAUAGCCGCUUCCUUACUCAAUUAUGUUACUCUAAUUGGAUGCGGAAUAUAAGACUUUUUAUAAAAAAUUA